CCAGCGUUCUAUCCCCAUGGGCAUUGUGAUUUCACUGUUCAUCUGCUUUGUGGUAUAUUUUGGUGUCUUUUCUGCACUUACACUUAUGGUGCCUUACUACAAGCUUCAACCUGGGAGCACCUUGCCUGAGGCAUUUCUCCAUAUUGGCUGGGCCCCUGCCUACUAUGUUGUAGGUUUUGGAUUUUUCUGUAGUGUUUGUGGCAUUUUCAUGGGCUUUAUGACCCCCAUACAGUGGGUGAUAUGCAUGAUGGCAGAAGAUGGCCUCCUGUUUCCUGUCUUGACCAGGAUCUAUACCAGUAUAUACCCCCGAUUCAUGGCCACUGUGGUAUUUACGAUUAUUGCAGCAAUCACGAUAUUCUUCUUUGGAAUCACUGAUCUUGUGGACCUCAGGUCAAUUGGGACACUGGUAUCUUAUUUUCUGGUUGCUUUUUGUGUUCUCAUCAUCAGGUAUCAACCUGAUAGGAGGAAUGGGGGACAUGAAGCAGAGGUGCAGCAACAGAAUGUAUCUGCAGCAGAGAGGCUGACUCUACAGGGACUACUUUUUCCAGGCAGCCCCACCCCCACUCCACUCUCUGGCCGGGUUGUCUAUGUUUGCUCCUCACUGCUUAUUCUGCUGCUCACUCUUCUUUGCCUGGUGCUGGCCCACUGGCCAGUUCUGCUUUCUGGAAACCUAGCGUGGAUUUCAGUGGUUGUGCUCCUCCUGGUGCUCAUCACUGGGAUCACUGGGGUCAUCUGGAGACAGCCGCAGAGCUCCAGUCCCCUUCACUUUAAGGUCCCUGCUGUGCCUCUCCUCCCACUACUGAGCAUCUUCAUGAAUGUUUACCUUAUGAUGCAGAUGACAGCUGGCACCUGGGCCCGAUUUGGUGUCUGGACUCUGAUGGGGUUUGCUAUCUACUUUGCCUAUGGAGUUCAGCACAACCUUGUCACUAACCCCACUUAAGUUAGGGCCCAAACUGUAGAACUUGAACUCAGCAGUGC